AUGAUCUCGUCACGACCUGAUGCUUCUAUGUCACGCCGGGUGCUCGCAAAGAAGCUUGGCUGCGCCAAGAAGGCGUGGAAGAGCUUCACCAACAAGCUACAAUCAAAACUCCACAAGCUCAACAUCCCCAAAGCUGUCGAAACAACCACCAGACACCUCCGUGCCUUGCGGAGCAAGUUCCAUUUCCUUAUCCCAUCCAAACUCCGAGCUCUCACCAAAGCUUCCUCUACCUUUCCUAGAGACCAGUUUUACAACCAUCACUAUGAGGCCUUUGAAUCCCAUAUGGGCUAUGCACUGGGUAGAUCUAGCUACCAGUACCACAACAAGGUUGUUCAUAAUAAGAAUUCUGCAGCCAUACACAUAGACGAGCUCUUUGCAGAGCCUGCCACCGUCUAUGAGGACACAAAGAAGAACCAGCAUUCAGGUGAGCAGGCAGAAACAAGCAAAGGGAAACAAGUGGUCGAGGAUAACGGUGAUGGGAAGGCUGUAGCAAGAGAUAAAAAGAGUUUGUAUAGCGUUGAAGAUGCAUGGCAGGCAGUGGUUGCUAAGUCACCGCAGCUGCGGGUGGUGGAUGAGAGGGCAGAGGAGUUCAUUACCAAGUUUAGGCAAGACAUGAAACUUCAGAAGGAGAAGUCCCUUCUUGAGUUCCAAGAGAUGUUGGCUCGGAGUACCUAA